UUUGUUGUUCUUCCAAAUUUGGGAUUUUAGGGUUUUUCAAAAUUUAUAGCUUUUAGGCCAAAUUUGUUGAGUAAUACGGAGUAUCUUAUUCUUGUUGCCUAUUAUGCUUGUGUGAAGUAAUACGGGUUUUUACUCAGUAUAUAGUACUCCAUAGCAUUCUGCUACUUUGAGUGGUUUCCAUGGGUUUCUUCAUUAUUUGGCUCCUUCAAUUAUAUUGGCUUUGGCUUGGUUUCAAGUUUACGUUUGAGUUAGAUUACAGCGGAAUGCUUUGUGCACCACGAUUUCUCUGUAUAGUAACAUCUGUAAAGGUAUGAAUCACAUUAAAUUAAUCUGUUUUGUAGAAGUUCACUUUGAUUUUCAUCACCCAUCUGUGUUUGACUCCUGCAUUUUGAAAAUCCAGUUUGAUACUUCUAUAAAUUAAAAGAAGUCAAAAUAAGUGGGGAAGUGUAACUACUCUAUCUUAAAAUCUUAUAAUGCCCAAUGAGAGUGUGAGUAUUUAAGGAAUGAAAAAAAUGUUGGUGUAAAUGGCUAGCUUAAUUGCAAAAUACAUUAUGUUUAAAGGUAUGUACUUUAUUAAAAAGGACUUAACUCUCCGUUUUAAUUCCGUAGGUCGUUCCCAUCCGCUCCAUCGGUCUUUCAGAAUUCCACACUCCCAUCGUUUCCGUGGUGUGGCACUAAGCCGCUAACCAUCCAGCAAUUAUUUUAAAGCAGCAAGAUGGUUUGACUGGAGAGACAAAGAUUGACGGGCCUUUACUUGUUGAUCCGGAGCCUUAUGGGCGACUCCUUGGUCGCCUAAUUUAUCUUGCAGUCACGCGACCCGACUUGGCCUAUUAUGUUCAUAUUUUAUCUCAAUUUAUGCAAGCACCAUGUCAAGCUAAUUGGGAUGCCGCCCUUCGGGUGGUCCGGUAUCCUAAAGGUUCCCCGGGUCAGGGUAUUCUUCUUCGGGCUGACAGUGAUUUUUCACUGACUGGAUGGUGUGAUUCUGACUGGGCUGCUUGUCCUGUCACUCGAAGAUCUUUGUCUAGAUGGUUAGUAUUUCUUGGCCGCUCUCCGAUUUCCUGGAAAACUAAAAAGCAAUCUAUUGUUUCACGAUCCUCGGUCGAAGCUGAGUACAGGGCCACAUGUGAACUUAAAUGGCUGAAAGCGUUACUUCUUAGACUAGGCAUUGAACAUACCAAAGCUGUCCCUCUGUUUUGUGAUAGUCAGUCUGUUUUGCAUAUUGCUCGCAAUCCAGUUUUUCACGAACGAACCAAACAUAUUGAGGCAGAUUAAGGACGGAAUAAUAAUAACACACUUCUCUUC